AUGUCAGGAAAUUAUGAUUCUGAUGAGUUGGUAGAUGCUUCUCCAGAAGAUAUUUCAGCUGGAGAAACUGAUGGUGAGCACAGCCCUGCCACUCAGGUAGAAGGUAUAGACCAGGAUAAUGGGGUGGAUAGAGUACUAGACGGCCAAAAUAAAGGAAAAGGUACUGAGGAUGGGGGAAAAGAUGACAUGUUUGUUGAUUGCCCUGAUGAACUAGUAUCUUAUGAUGGGAGAGCUAAUGUUGCUGAUAACAGUAAAGGAAUGGAAACGUAUGAACCCCAUGAAAGGUUUGAGGGCUAUAGCGACAUUGGAAAAACCAAUUUUAAUGAAUCAGACAAUGGGAAGGAUUCGACAGGUGAGCUGGAAUCUGUGCGGGCAAUGCUUGGAAAAACUGUUGCUGAGAAAGAAAGCUUUGCACAGGAAUACGAGGCAGAAAGAAAAUCGGUUAUGCAAGGACUUGCUAAUCUCCAUUAUCAGCUCAGUGCUUUGAGCACACAAGGGUCGUUGGUCAAUGAAAAUAAUGGGGGGUUUAUUGACCAUUAUGACUCAGGCAUAUGGGUGGGUGAGAAGUCUGUGGUUACUGAUGCACAAUUGCAGGAUAUGAUAUAUAAUUGUUCCAAGUUUGUUAAGGAUGUUCUGGAUGAACGCUCCCAGACUCAAGGCACUCUCAGUGAACUUUACUCGAUCCUACACAAGAAAGAUUAUGAAAUUCACGAGCUCAGUGCUAGAAUAAGUGGGUCUUCAGUACAACAUGAUGCUGAGGCCAUUGCAGACAGGGUGUUAAAUUGUCUCACGUCAGCGCCUAAUCAAGAAGAAUUGUUGGAUAACUCAUUCACCCAAAAAAUGUUCCAUAUUGAAAAAAGCAUCACAUUUUUGAUUGAGAAGCAUAAUAGUUUGCUUUCUGAAUCGAAUCUACUUGGGCAGUGCAUAACAAAUGUUAGGUCGGAUCACAUUUUGCAAGAUGAGGGGUCAAUUUUUCUUUCUGCGCGUGAAGAGCUGUUAGAGCUGAGAAGAAAAGAAGUAGAUUUCACACAGAGAGUAACAGAGUUGGAAGAGAAUAACUGGAGAAUGAGAGAAGAACUCAAACGGUGUAGUGUCAUCAUUGAUACUGCAAAUGCAAAUAUUGAAAAAAUUAAAGCAGAGCUUGAACAUGAGAAGGCAAGGUGUAAUAAUACCAAAGAAAAGCUUAAUUUAGCCGUAACAAAAGGAAAGGCGGUGGUCCAGCAACGUGAUUCACUGAAACUGUCACUUGCUGAUAAGACAAAUCAGCUUGAGAGAUGUUCUAUUGAAAUUCAAGAGAAAUCUAGUGCUCUGGAAGCUGCCGAGUUAUGUAAGCAAGAGCUGGUUAAGUGUGAAAUUUUAGCUGCUUUUCUGCAGGAAGAGCUUUCAGAAAAGACUACCCUUAUUGAUAACUGUGAGAGAGUUUUGUUUGAGAGUCAUUUGCCCGAGGAACUUAAGUUGGUGGAUAUUUUAGGGAAAGUGCAAUGGCUUACAAAUGAGAACAACAAACUCAUAGGCAAGUUGGAACAUGUCAUUACAACAGAAGCUGCAAAUAAUGAGAUUGAGCGACUUACUGCAUUGACAUUGGCAGAAUCACAUGAGAAGCAUUGUCUCCAAGAGGAGCUUGAGAAUUUAAGAUACAGAUACGAUAGGAUGGUUGAGAAGGAGCAUCAGAAUUCAUUGGAGAAGGAUCGAACAGUGAGGCUGUUACACGAGGCAUCUGGAAUUGCUAUGAACGAUGCAGAAGGGCUGCCCAGUGAUAUGGGAUUUAUGAUUGACCGAUUUCUUGGAAAAACAAAAGAGAAAACUUGUGUUUCUAUUGGAUCAUCUCACGUGGUAAGGGAAAUAUUUGAAAGAAUGCAGAGCCUCUUGUACACGAGGGAUCAGGAAGCUAUGCUGUUUAAGAAAGUUUUGGAGGAGGACAUAAUGACUAGAUCAGAGGUGAACCAGUUGGCGAAUAAGGUAGAGGUGAUUUCGCAAGAACUAUGUAAUAUAAAAGAGGAGAAUGAAUCUCUGCAGAAUGCUCUUUCAUGUUCAGAAGAGAAAGCUUCACUUCUGAGGGAGAAAUUAUCUAUGGCAGUUAAAAAAGGCAAAGGAUUGGUUCAAGAGCGAGAAAAUGCUAAGCAGCUUUUGUAUACAACAAGAGAAGUUGCACAUAAUGAGAUUGAUCGACUUACUGCAUUAAUGUUAACAGAAAUACAAGAAAAAGAUUAUCUCAAGGACGAGCUUGAAGAUCUAUUGUACAAGUACGAAGGAAUUGUGGAUAGAGAGCAUCACAUUAUGCUAGAAAGGAAUCGGCUUGUCAGUAUGUUACAUGAGGCAUCUGGAAUAGCAAUGACUGAUUCUGAAGAGCAACAAUCUGGAAUGGACAAUAUCAUGGACAUUUGCUUCCAAAAAUUACGAGAAAAAGCCAGAGUUUCUACUGAGUUUUCUCAGGUGGCCCAUGAACUGUUUGAUAGGAUUCAGAGUCUCUUGUACAUUAGGGAUCAAGAGGCUAUUCUUUUCGAAAAUGUUUUGGAGGAGGACAUGCUAGAUAGAUCUCAGGUGAAUAACCUGGCUAAUAAAAUAUUAGUGCUCUCUCAAGAACUACAUGAUUUGAACGAUGAGAAAGAUACUCUACAGAAUAAACUAUUACAUUCUGAAGAAAGCACCUUUAUUUUGCGGGAAAACUUAUCCUCGAUGGUUAAAGAAAAAGAAAAACUUGUUAAAGAGUGGGAGGACAUGAAACAGCUUCUGGAUAAAACAAGAGAAGCUGCACACAAUGAGAUUGAUCGACUGACUUUAUCAAUAUUCACAGAAACACAAGAAAAGCAUUAUUUCAAAGAAAUGUUUGAAACUUCGAAGUACAAGUAUGAAGAAAAAGUAGAGAAAGAGCAUCAGAUUUCAUUGGACAAGGGCCGAUUGGUCAAGAUGUUGCAGGAAGCAUCAGGUAUAGCCUUAAAUAAUCCAGAAGAGAUGCAGGCUGACUUGGACUGUAUCAUUGAUCAAUGCUUCCAAAAAUUAAAGCCACGAGAUGAAUCCUCUGUUCAGUCUUCUCAGGUAGAAAGUGAAAUAGCCAAAAGAUUUCAAUGUGUUUUGUACAUAAGAGACUUUGAAGCUAUGCUGUUCGAAACACUUUUAGAAGAGGAGAUGCUAAAGGAAUCAGAGGUGAACCAACUAAAAUAUAAAAUAACAGUCAUUUCUGAAGAACUGCAUAAUCUAAAAGAUGAGAAAGACACUCUAAUGAAUGAUCUUUCACGUUCUGAAGAGAAAGCUGCCCUUCUUAGGGAAAAGUUAUCCGUGGCAGUUAAGAAAGGCAAAGGACUGGUUCAAGAACGGGAAAACUUGAAAAAAAUUCUGGAUGAAAAGAAUGCAUCAAUACAGAAUAUAACUCUUGAAUUAGAGCAACUAAAAGUUACUCUAAAUGACUACAGGAAUGCAAACCAUAAAUUGUCAACUGAGGCUGAUUGUGUUCCAAGGUUGGAGAUGGAUCUCGAUGCUAUAAAAGAACAGAGAGAUCAGCUAGAGCAGUUAUUGUCUGAGAGGAAUGGAAUGUUACAAAGAUUGAUUGAAUCAAUUGAGAGUAUCAGACUUCCAGAUGGGUCAGCUGUUAAAGAGCCUACAGAAAAGGUGCAAAGGCUUGCUGGGUAUAUUAGUGAGUGUGAAGCUGCUAAAGCACAGGCACAACGCGAGUUGGAGAUAGUAAAAGAGGAAUCUAUUACCAAGUCUAAUGACUUAGCUCUUGCUGAGAACCAAAUCACUAUGAUCAUUGAUGAGAAAGAAGAUUUACAAGUUUCCAGAACUGCUGCAUUAACGGAGCUCCAUAAAGUCAAAGAGGAGGCGUCUUAUCUUAGAAGUGAGCUAGCUGAGGCCCAGAAAACCAUAAAAUCCCUUGAAGAUUCAAUAUCACAAGUACAGACGAAAAUGUCUCUUCUGGCCGAUGAAAAUUAUACGGCACAAGUUGGUAGGACUAAUUUGGAGAUUGAGAUAGAAAAGCUCAAAGAAGAAGUUGGCUUGCAAGUCCGCAAGCUUGAAGAUGCAUCCAUCAGUAUAAAGUCAUACGAAGAAACAAUCUGGAAAGCGGAAAAUACAAUAUCUGCUAUUAGUGGUGAAAGGGAAGCUGCUAAACAGGAGAUUUUAGAUCUUAAAUCUCAAUUGAACUCAUGUAUGAAAGAGUUGGGUGACAAGCAUAAUGCUGAGCAAGAAAUUGCAGAUCUCAAGUCACGGUUAAAUGCAUGCAUGCAAGAACUGGCGGGACCCCGUGCCACCAAAAGAAUUGGGUCUCAUGAGCUCUAUGGUCACCUCACUAAUCUUCAAUGUAUUCUGAAGGAUGAUUUAAUGUUGUGCCUACUGAAGGAAAGCUUUCAAAAGAAAUUUGACAGCCUGAAAGAUAUUGAUGACAUCCUUAAAGACAUAAUGGAUCAUUUCAUUGAAAAGGACGUGAAUAAGUGGCAGAAUUUACCAAGUUCUGAGUCACUGGUUGAUCUAUUGGUCAAUGACUCGCUGUAA